AUGGUAAGGAAUUCUUGUGGAGGAAAACUCUUUGUCCCACAUUGGUGGGAUAAGGAUGCUUUACUUGUUUUAUAUAUUGGAAGAAAGGGAUUUUGUCCCACAUUGGUGGGAGAAAAUCAUCCCAAACACAAGAAGAAGGAUAUGUCACUCGAGGAGCUAGUCGGUCAUAUGAAGAUUGAAGAAGCCAACCGCCUUAAGGAUAAGGAUUCUUCCCCUUAUGAACUUUCUGUUAAAGCUAACAUUGUGGAAUCUUCUGUUUCAAAACAUGACAGGUUUAACAAACAAAACAAAGUUGCUGCAAAUCAAGGCCACAAGGCAUGGCAAUGCUACAACCGCAAAGAUGCAUCCAACAACGGGCAGAAAUCAGACCAGAACAAAAACCAAGCCCACAUUGCUGAAGAAUCUGAUGAUGUCAUUGCUGCCGUAGUUUCUGAAAUCAACCUUGUGGGCAACAAAGCCGAAUGGGUCGUUGAAACUGGAGCCACCAAGCAUUUCUGUUCGGAAAAAGACCUUUUUAUCGAGUUCCAUGAAUUUUCCAAAGCUGAUCAGGGAUACCUGUCGGGUGGGCUAUUUAUUUUAGAAACUGUAUUUGUUGCUGGUUCCAUCAAUAAAGCUUCUACUUCUGCUUAUAUUGUUGAGAAUUUUGAUCUUUGGCAUGCUAGAUUAGGACAUGUAAAUUAUGGUUCCAUGAAACGAUUGCAAAAAAUGUCUUUAAUUGCUAGUCUAGUCUGUAAUGGUCAUAAAUGUGGAAUCUGUGUUGAAGCUAAACACUGCAAGAAACCAUUCAAACCUGUUCUAAGUAGACAAACUGAAUUACUUGAAUUGGUUCAUUCGGAUUUAGCUGACUUUAAGAAUAUUGAAAGUUGA